AUGUUUAAUUCUAUUCUUGUUCUUCUUGCAAUUGCUGGCCAAUCAUCUGCUGUGGUGAAUGGACCUCUGUCCACAGACUUUCAAAAUUGGCUCAAAAGCAAUGGCUACAGUUCCUAUGAUUUUGUGAGAAGUGAUUAUGGAACCAAAGGAAGCUAUGGAGGAUUCACUUCAAAAAUUACUAAAGCCACCCGAACCCCAAUAAUCUUCCUUCAUGGAAACUCGGAUAGUGCUUUGAAAACGUCUUCAAUGGCAACUGGAUGGGAUAAUUCCCUCGCUUACUUCACAACAAAAGGAUACACUCAAGGAGAACUUUAUGCGACAUCAUGGCAAGAUACAACUGCUGCAAAAGCUAGCACACGUACUCAUAAUUGCAAGGAUUUGACUCGUCUUCGCAAAUUCUUCGAAGCAGUUCUGGCUUACACAGGAUCCGCUAAAGUGUCUGUCGUGAGUCACAGUAUGGGAGUAACUCUUGGAAGAAAAGUUGUGAGUGGAGGAUUUGUGAACGCAACUGAUGGAAAUUGCGAUUUGGGAGUGUCCAUAGCCAACAAAGUCGAUGUAUUCGUUGGAAUCGCUGGAGCCAACUACGGACUCUGUAGUUGUGCGGGGACUAUUGGAUUGUUUGCUGCCACGUGCAACAAGAAGAAUGGAUUCUGGCCAGGAGAUUCGUGUGGGGCUCACACUUCUGCAUACUGUGGACUGGCUGCAAUCCCAUGUAACGGAGUAUCCACCUACUCCACUCUUCUGGAUCAAAUGAAUUCUUCAAACCAGAAAGAUGGUGCUUACGUUUUCAGCAUGUGGAGCAAAGCUGACGAUUUGAUCGGAAACAGUGACAUCGUUUGGGGAAAACCAACUUCUCUGAUCCCUUUGAGCGAUGACAAAAUCAUCUACGCAUCUCUCACUCAUAUGCAGAGCAAGGAAAACACCGCUGCUGAUCAAUACAAAUUAGUUGUUUCAAAGAAAGUUUAA